AUGUUGAUUUCUUCAAUCGUGGAAAAAUCUUUACUAGCAGUAGAAAGCAAUAAACAUACUGUAAGUUUCACAGAUUCAAAAUUUACUCAUCAAAAUAAAACAUUAGAAACAACUGUUCAAUGUGUUGGCUCAUUAUAUAAUCAAUCUUGCUUGUAUCAUAAUUUGUAUUAUGUUGAUAGUGAAUUUACGAUUUUAACAAUAAAAGGACAACAUUUGCCUUCAUACUCCGUACGAAUAGACGCCUUUGUACUAUGGCCUCUAACACCAAACAAACGUGUUUUUGAUUCAUAUUCUGAUCUUGAAACUUUUGUUCGUACUGUUAUUGAUCCAAAGAUAAUUCCAUCUGUUACUCUUUACUUUGGUCAAUAUUGGCAUGAUAAUAUUGGUCAUGCACUUUUUGAUGGACUCUACCCAGCAUAUGUUGCACUUAUUCGUUUUUCUCCAAGACAUCUUCAUCCUUUUCGCAUACUUGCUCGAG